CCUUUCAGGCGCUAUGAGGAGGAUUCGGAGAAUGACUGGAACUGUGGCUCGUGGUUCGAGUACUUGCUCAUUGUUAUACUCUCUACCAUUUUGCUGGUGGGUGUAUUGGUGCUUACGCUCUUCUGGAUACUCUUCUAUCGCGGCGGUUUCGCUUGGUCCGAAAAUCCAACAUUGCAAUUCAAUUUGCAUCCCACCCUAAUGGUGGCGGGCUUCAUAACGCUAUCGGGAUUUUCAAUUUUGCUUUACCGCCUCUGCCGCUGUUUGAAACAUAUUUACGUUAAGCUAAUUCAUAUGUUCUUUCACGCCUGCGCCAUACCGUGUGUGGCUUUGGGAUUUCUGUCCGUCUUCGAUUCGCACAAUUUGUCGGAGCCGCCUAAAGUGAAUUUCUACAGCUUGCAUUCGUGGUUGGGUUUUGUCACCAUGGGAAUGUUUGUGCUGCAAUUCGUUGUCGGAUUCUUCAGUUUCUUGGUGUUGCUGUGCUGUGAGAAUCGCACCUACAAGUGCCGCAGCAUUAUGGUUCCGAUACACGCUAGCUUCGGUCUGGUGAAUUUUAUGUUGGCAAUUGCCACUUGCAUCACUGGCCUGGUGGAAUAUGAACGUCAGAAUGCAGGCGAUGCUGUUUUGAGGUAAUGUGUUAAUU